UAACUCACCCGCAGCAAGAUGUAGCACGGCUUCAGGAAGUGGUAUUGUAGAUGAGAGAGAGAGAGAGAGAGAGAGAGAGAGAGAGACAGACAGACAGAGAGACAGAUAGAGAGAGACAAAGACAGACAGAGAGAGAGAGAGACAGACAGACAGACAGAGAGACAGAGAUAGACAGACAGAGAGAGAGAGGGAGACAGAGACAGACAGACAGAGAGAGAGAUAGAGAGAGACAAAGACAGACAGAGAGAGAGACAGAGAGAGAGAGAGACAGACAGACAGAGAGAGACAGAUAGACAGAGAGAGAGGGAGACAGAGACAGACAGACAGAGAGAGAGAUAGAGAGAGACAAAGACAGAGAGAGAGACAGAGAGAGAGACAGAGAGAGACAGAUAGACAGAGAGAGAGGGAGACAGAGACAGACAGACAGAGAGAGAGAUAGAUAGAUAGACAAAGACAGACAGAGAGAGAGACAGACAGACAGAGAGACAGAGAUAGACAGAGAGAGAGACAGAUAGACAGAGAGAGAGGGAGACAGAGACAGACAGACAGAGAGAGAGAGGGAGGGAGUGAUUUAAUAAACACAAUACUUCUCAGCUUGACUAAGAUGGCACAGGUUCCGCAGGCUUACACCCCAAAGCGGCCUGGUGUGGGCAUUGCGGUUCUGGUCACUGAUGCCACCCACCCAGGAUGUGUGAUUCUAGGACAGAGGAAGAGCUUGGUGGGAAAAGGGUUGUACCAGUUACCAGGGGGUCACAUUGAAUUCGGCGAGACCUGGGAGGAGUGUGCACGCAGAGAGGUGAUGGAGGAGGCCGGCAUUCGGUUAAAAGACCUCCGGUUCGCCUCCGUGGUGAACACCAUCAGGCUUGAUGAAAACUAUCACUACAUUACACUCUUCAUGCAGGGAGAAAUCGAUAAAGACUUUACAACAUCUGAGCCAGUAAACAUGGAGCCUGAGAAAAACGAGGGUUGGUCAUGGAGAGCCUGGGACGACUUUCCCCCUGAGGAGCAGCUGUUCUUUGCCCUGGCCAGUCUGAGACAGCAGGGUUUCAAUCCUUUCAGCAAGAAUUCACACAGUCAACGAACCCUUUGUGAAUGACUCUCCAUCUCGUUGCUCUAACAUUAGACCUGAGAUGAUACCUGCAUGGCAGAUAUGGCUUUGAGAUAUAAAAUUUCAUUAUUCAGUAUUAAUAAACAUAUUUUCAGUUUAACUA